UUCUAGUACUCUCUAUGGGAGCAAAUAAAGGUCUGCUUGCGGAACAGCUGACUAGCGGCGAACAACCUCACAACUACACAUUGCAUUCCCCAUUAAAAUAACCUCGUUUUUUUCUUUUGCACCGUCGGAUUUUUUCUGAUUUGUCACAGAAUCGGUGAUUUUAGAUUUUUGGUCAUCUAUUUGCAGGUUUUCUGUUCCUGUUUAUUCUCAUGAAUCGACUAAAACGGAGUUCCUGCUGCAUACGUUUAUCCUGUAAUUCACGAAUUUAUUUCUGUCUAUCCAUGAACUUCGAACUUCCGAAUCCGAAGUUUAUCUGAAGCUACAGUGUUCAAUCUUGGUUCAUUUUCUCAGUUAUAUUUUAAAUCAUCAGUCAUUGUCAUGGCCAAGUGGGGAGAGGGGGACCCACGCUGGAUUGUGGAAGAAAGGGCAGAUGCGACGAAUGUCAAUAACUGGCACUGGACAGAGAGAGAUGUGACAAGCUGGUCUCAAGAUGUAAUUAAUAGCCUCCUUCUUGGGAUUCAUGUAGAAGGUGAAGAAGGUUCAUGCAAGGUCACAGACGUCAGCAAUAUAGAUGGAGAGGCCUCUAUAAACAACCGCAAGGGAAAACUCAUCUUUUUCUAUGAGUGGAAUGUAAAAGCCUCAUGGAUUGGAACAAAUAAAAUGGGAAUCAAAUAUAAAGGGACUGUGGAAAUACCAAAUCUCUCUGAUGAAAAUGACAUGGACGAUCUGGAUAUCUGUGUUACACUGUGUAAAGACCAACCAAGGACACCUUUGACUGAUCUUAUGAGGAAGGAAGGAGACAAGAAAAUCAGAAUGGCGCUUGGCAACUAUGUGAAACAUCUCAAAAAGGAGUUCUCUCAGGGUAUGAUUUUACCAACAGCAAAUGGACUUGACAAACAGAAUCAGGAGACACAAGCCAAAGUCACACUGGAAAAAACCCAGGUUGGGUCCUCCACUACAGCUAACUUUCCCAGCACUGGAGUCAAAAUUCCAACUGUGACGUUCAGUCUGAAAGACACUUUCCUCACAUCACCAGAGGAGUUAUACAGGGUUUUCCUAAACCAAGAUAUGGUACAGGCAUUUACCCACCUUGCUGCUUCUGUGGAUGGGUGCUCGGGUGGCAAGUUUCGGUUACUGGAAGGAAACGUGCAUGGACAAUUUGCAGAACUGAUUCCUGACAAGAAAAUUGUUAUGAAAUGGAGGUUUUCAAACUGGCCAACUGGGCACGCAUCAACUGUCACUUUAAACUUUGUGGAUCGAAGCAAUGAGACUGAGCUGACUAUGGAGGCCAAUGGAGUUCCCAACAAUGAGGAGGACAGAAUGAAAGAGGGCUGGCAGAGAUACUACUUUGAUGCCAUUAAACAGACAUUUGGUUAUGGAGCACGACUCUGCUGAGCCAAAGGAUGCUCAUGUUGUGUCUCACUGGAAACUUGGGAGAGUAAUAUAAAGAGAUACAAAAUUACAUCAGUGAAGUUGAAACACUUUUAUACCCUGCACUAGUUUGUUGUUGAAUGCUCUCCAACACAUUUGCCUGCUCAAUGAGAGAAAAGAUGUUUUUACAGAAACAUCUUUAAUCCAGAAUCCUAUCUCAUCUUCUUUGUAACCAUGGCGAUUUUAACAAGGACUAACUGAACUUAUAUCUGACCUUAAGAGCCAAGAUAGGAGGUUUCUAUAACACAGCCCCUAGAUUAUUUUUAAAUUGGUUACUGAAGAGCUGAUGUUGUUGGAUGUAAGAUGUGUUGGAAUGUUAUGUCUGUGAAUGUCAGACAUGGAUGUUUAACUUUAUUUAAAACUAUUUUAGAAGUGAAAAUAUAUUUGCAGGUGAUAGUUUGCAUAUGGAGUAAAAUAUGAAUUGAUUGUA